GCAUGGGGGAGCCGAUCUUACUGCAUCUGACCUUGGUAGAAGUUAAUCGCCAAGGAAUCCGCCGCGGUCUUUCGGUCCAUCGGCACCAAAUGAACCUGCCACAGCCUGCGCCGUGCACCCAGCGGGCAGGCACACGUCUUGGCCGGCCAGGAACCUGGCCAGGAACCUGGCCAGAGACAAUGGCUCAGAAUAUUUUAGCGCGCGCCGUACACAGUAAGUACAUCCGUUCGGAUGCCGGCAUCGAACUUGGCUUCGCGCGGGGAACAAGAUCUGAUGGGCAUGGCGUACCUCAGAAGAGGCUGGCCGUUCUGCUUCCUUCCGCCAAAGCUGCGGCGCAGCCUGGCCCUCGAUCGCCGCCUCGGCCGAGUGCUCUUCGCUGCGACCCUGUUCGUGACCCUCACGCUGCUGCUCCGGCCCUCUCGACCGCACUUGCACCACCACCACCACCACCACCAUCCGCAUCCGCACGCCGACGAGACCCGACAGUCGCACUUUUCGGCCAACGACCGUCCCGAGAUCCGCUUCCGACCCAGCAGCUUCGACUGGACAUCCGUGGUCCAGCGCUACCCCGUCUCGUCCAUCCGGCCGCUGCCCACGGGCAGUCCGCAGCCGCAGCGUCCCAUCCAGCACCCCUUUCCCGGCUACGUGCACGAUGCCACCACCCGGGCCCGGCAGCAAGCUGUCCGCGCCGCCUUCGUCAAGAGCUGGAGGAGCUACAAGACGCACGCCUGGCUGCGAGACGAGCUCGCGCCCGUGAGCGGCGGCGGCAGGACCACAUUCGGCGGCUGGGCGGCCACCCUCGUCGACGCGCUGGACACCCUCUGGAUCAUGGGCCUGACCGACGACUUCUACGAGGCCGCCGCCGCCGCCGCCCGGCUGGACUGGGCCGACACCCCCGACAGCGCGGCCAACCUCUUCGAGACCACCAUCCGCCACCUCGCCGGCCUCCUCGCCGCCUACGACCUGAGCGGCGAGCCCGCCCUGCUGGCCAAGGCGAGAGAGCUCGGCGACAUGCUGUACCUGGCCUUCGACACCCCCAACCGCCUGCCCGCCUUCUGGUUCCGCUUCGAGGACGCCAGGCAGGGCCGCCAGGUCGCCGGCACCGACGACCCGUCCGCGAACCCCUGCUCGCUCUCGCUCGAGUUCACCCGCCUGUCGCUCCUGACCGGCGACCCCAAGUACUACGACGCCGUCGCCCGCGUCACCGACUUCCUCGAGCGCUCCCAGAACCAGUCGAGGCUGCCCGGCCUCUGGCCCAGGUCCAUCAACUUCCGCGACGAGUCGGUGGACCAGCAGGCCGCCUUCACCCUCGGCGGCCAGGCCGACUCGCUGUACGAGUACCUGGCCAAGAUGCCGGCCCUGCUGGGCCGCGGCCGCGCCCCCGCGAGCUACGAGAACAUGUACCGCGCCGCCAUGGACGCGUCGGCCCGCCACAUCCUCUUCCGCCCCAUGGUGCCCGACGACGACCCGGAGGGCCGCGACGUGCUCUUCGCCGGCGACGCCUACGCCUACCGCGACCGCCGCGUCGAGCGCAUCCCCCAGGGCCAGCACCUGGCCUGCUUCGCCGGCGGCAUGUUCGCCCUCGGCGGCAGGCUGUUCGGCAUCCCCGACCACGUCGCCCUCGGCGAGCGCCUCGCCCGCGGCUGCGCCUGGGCCUACCACGCCUUCCCCACCGGCCUGAUGCCCGAGGUCUUCACCAUGCUGGCCUGCGACUCGCUCGACCGCCCCUGUCCCUGGGACGAGGACCGGUGGCGGCGCGAGCGCGGCGCCGUCCGCCUGCCCAGGGGGUUCAAGAGCGCCCGCGACAAGCGCUACAUGCUCCGCCCGGAGGCCAUCGAGAGCCUCUUCUUGCUGUACAGGAUGACGGGCAAGGAAGACCUGCGCGAGCUGGCCUGGCGCAUGUUCCGGUCCGUCAUGGAGGCCACCGAGACACCCCUCGCCAACUCGGCCAUCGCCGACGUCACGGUCGAGGGCAAGACCACCAAGAUGGAUUCCAUGGAGAGUUUCUGGCUGGCCGAAACGCUCAAGUACUUCUACCUCAUCUUCUCCCCGCCCGAUCUCAUCAGCCUGGACGACUUUGUCUUCAACACCGAGGCCCACCCGUUCCGGCGAGAGAAGGCGGCGUCGAUUCGCGACACAAUAGCACCUGUAGAAACCGCCAAGGAGGGGGAAGCAUAGACCAUGUAUCCGUAUUUCUAAUAUAUAAUUAAUGUAAUUGAACAACGAUGGAGCCAUCUUGUGUUCAUCCGGCUCCUGGAGAUGCCGCUGCUAGUUAGAUCGGAUUCAUCACCGUCGUUUAUAUAUUCGGCAGCCAGAAAGAACCCGUUAACGAGGGCCGGGACAGGUUCCCUCGCCAUGACUGACACCUUUUGGU